AUGAAUCCUCUGCAUAAUGUAGACACAUCUGUGUCCAUGACACAGCAGGAAGAAUCUCAAAAUGAAGUAUUGGGGAAGGAGAAAGACGAAAACGUGGGAAUAGCCUUGUACAACAAGAAUGAAUACAACAAAAAUGAGUCAAAACUUUUUUGUACUGUGUGCAAGAAGCGGAUCGAACUCAUGUGGCUGAGAAAUGUUGGAAAUGAACUCAAGAAUGCAGAUCACUCUGAUCUCUUCAUUGAAGAGACUGACACCACUUUCGCAGCUAUACUUGUCUAUGUGGAUGACUUAAUUAUCAUUGACAAUUGUAUCAAGGCAAUAAACAAAGUUAAGAGUUUAUUGUGCUCACAAUUUCAUAUGAAGGACUCGGGAGAUCUCAGUUACUUCCUAGGAAUGGAAUUUUCAAGAGAAUCUCAAGGCAUUUUCAUUUCUCAAAGAAAGUAUGCCUUAGAUCUCCUGAAGGAAUAUGGUGUUGACAAACAAAAAUCUUUAGAACUUCCCAUAGAUGUGCAUAUAAAGCUUGAACAUGACGAAGGGAGUACCAUUGCAACUUCUCAGUCCAUUUAUGCAACAACCUACCUCAGUGCAUAUGCAAGCAGCCAGGAGGGUGCUAAGAUACAUUUAACAAUCCCCAUCUCAAGGUAUUCUUCUUCUAGUCACAACACAUCCAAGCUAACAGCCUACUAUAACUCUGAUUGGGCAUCAUGUCCUUUCUCUAGAAGAUCCAUAACUGGAUAUUAUGUUCUUCUAGGAUCUUCACCCAUAUCUUGGAAAAGAAAGAAGCAGGGAGUGGUAGCCAGGUCCUCAGCUGAAGUUGAGUACAGAGCCAUGACAUUAACCACAUGUGAAGUAACAUGGCUGAUGAGUCUCUUCAAGGAACUUCACCUUAAGAAAAUGCCAGCUGCAGCCUUGAAGUGUGAUAAUCAAGCAGCUCUGUAUAUAUCUACUAACCUAGUAUAUCAUGAAAGGACAAAAUACAUUGAAGUGGAUUGA